GCCUUAAUAUUUCAGAAAUUUACUGAACCUACUGAAAUACAGAAGUUAGUCAUACCAAUUGCCAUCAGAGAUCGGCUUGAUAUUAUAGGAGCUGCAGAAACGGGAAGUGGAAAGACAUUAGCAUUUGGUAUACCGAUUGUGGAGCAAAUUUUGGCUGAUAAAUUUUCGAAUGAAAAAGAGACAAUUUUAUCAGGAAUUCGAGCUCUCAUUUUCGCACCUACUCGAGAGUUGGUGAUGCAAAUUAGGAAUCAGAUUCAGCAUUUAUUGAAGUUCACUCUUAUUAAGGUUGAAUCUAUAGUUGGUGGUUUGUCACUGCAGAAACAGGAACGCUUAUUAAAACGUAAUCCUCAGAUCAUUAUUGCAACGCCUGGACGAUUUUCAGCCUUAAUGACUUUGGCGGAAACUUCCAAUUAUCUUGUUGACUGGUCAAAAUUACAGUGUCUAGUAAUUGAUGAAACAGAUCGCAUGGUCGAAAAAGGACAUUUCAUUGAGUUACGAAAAAUUUUAGAUACUAUUAGAAAAAGUGCAUCUGAAAAGAUCCAAACAUUUGUAUUUUCUGCCACACUUACAUAUACUCAUUCUAACGCCAGUGAAUCGAAAGCAGAGGAGAAAAUCAACAAACUAGUUGAAAUUACUGGUAUACGGAAAAAAAAGUGCAGAAUUAUUGACAUCACCGGAAAAAGAGGCACUGCUGAGAGAGUUAUAGAAGCUCGAAUAAACUGUAAAAACUUACUGGAAAAAGUAUGUUUCGUUAUAUUGGCUAUAUUUCGA